AUGGACAACAACCAGUUACAGAAUACCCACGUGCAGGAGCACACCGAGGGUGCUACCUACGAGGCCAUUCACCCAAACCGCGACCACAUCAGGCCCGACAAUGCCAGCACCAGAAGCGCAUCCAUCGACGACAGCACUGCGCGAAACUCGCCAAAGUUGAACGACAAGGGCUUUAGCCAUACCACCGGUGGCGUAGACAUCCAAAGGGCCGAAGCCGACUUUGCCGAGCUUUCCAAGGAACUCUCCCGCGCCAGUAACAUUUCACGUCGGUUAAGUCGCGUACAAAGCAAGCAGAGUCGCAAACAGGGACUUAGCACCGAUGUGGAGAAAGCGGGCGUUGAGGGGUCAGAGGACUCUGAUGAACAAUUCGAUCUCGAGGCUACUCUAAGGGGUAGUCGUGAUCAAGAAGAGGCGGCUGGGAUCAAGGCCAAACGCAUCGGCGUGGUCUGGGACCGUCUCACCGUCAGCGGCAUUGGCGGUGUGAAGAAUUAUGUCAAGACUUUCCCUGACGCCUUCGUAUCCUUCUUCAAUGUUUUCGAAACGGCGGCCAGUAUCCUGGGGUUGGGUAAGAAGGGCAAGGAGUUCGACAUCUUGAAGGACUUCAAGGGUGUCGCCAAACCGGGCGAGAUGGUUUUGGUGCUUGGAAAGCCGGGUAGCGGUUGCACAACAUUCCUCAAGGUCAUCAGCAACCAACGAUAUGGAUACACAAAGAUUGAUGGCAAAGUCCUAUAUGGCCCCUUUGAGUCCGAUUUCUUCGAGAAGAGAUAUCGAGGUGAGGCUGUAUACUGCGAGGAGGACGAGAACCACCACCCCACGCUUACCGUCGGUCAAACGCUCGAUUUCGCACUCGAAACAAAGGUACCCGGAAAGCGACCAGCAGGACUUUCCAGACAAGAUUUCAAGGAAAAGGUCAUUGACCUCAUGCUGAAAAUGUUCAACAUUGAACAUACCCGCAACACCAUUGUCGGCAACCCCUUCGUGCGAGGUGUGAGUGGAGGAGAGAGGAAGCGAGUUUCCAUUGCAGAGACAAUGAUAACUGGCGCCUCAUUGAUGUCGUGGGAUAACAGUACCAGAGGUCUCGACGCUUCCACAGCCGUCGACUACGCCCGAUCGCUCAGAGUCCUCACCAACAUCUACAAGACGACCACCUUCGUGUCCCUAUACCAGGCUUCCGAGAACAUUUACAAGUGCUUUGACAAGGUCAUGGUCAUCGACAGCGGACGCCAAGUAUACUUUGGACCUGCCCAAGAAGCUCGUGCCUACUUCGAGAGUCUUGGAUUCCGGGAGAAGCCCCGCCAAACCACUCCCGAUUAUCUCACUGGUUGCACGGACCCCUUCGAGCGCGAGUUCAAGCCUGGCAUGAGCGAAAAGGACGUUCCUUCGACGCCCGAUGCGCUCGCUGAGGCUUUCAAGCGAUCCGAGACGGCUGCAAGACUGGAUGCUGAAAUGGUGGCCUACAAGACGCAGAUGGAGGAGGAGAAGCACGUUUACGACGAUUUCCAACUGGCCGUCAAGGAAUCCAAGCGCCAUGCUCCACAAAAGUCCGUCUAUUCGAUCCCGUUCUACCUCCAAGUGUGGGCUCUGGCCAAGCGUCAAUUCCUACUCAAAUGGCAGGACAAGUUCGCCUUGACUGUCUCCUGGGUUACCUCGAUAGCCAUUGCUAUCAUUACCGGUACCGUUUGGCUAGAUCUCCCCGACACCUCGGCAGGCGCCUUCACUCGUGGUGGUGUUCUCUUCAUUGCUCUCCUUUUCAACGCUUUCCAGGCCUUCUCUGAACUUGCAUCUACCAUGUUGGGAAGACCGAUUGUCAACAAACACCGCGCCUUUACAUUCCACCGUCCUUCAGCCCUCUGGAUAGCCCAGAUUGGAGUCGAUCUUCUGUUUGCCUCGGUUCAGAUUCUGGUCUUUUCCAUCAUCGUAUACUUCAUGACGAACUUGGUGCGAGAUGCUGGAGCCUUCUUCACUUUCUUUCUGGUCAUCGUCACUGGUUACCUUGCUAUGACUCUGUUCUUCCGAACAGUCGGUUGUCUCUGCCCAGAUUUCGACGUUGCCAUUCGUCUCGCUGCCACAAUCAUUACCUUGUUUGUGCUAACUUCUGGCUAUCUCAUUCAGUGGGAAUCCGAGCAAGUCUGGCUGCGUUGGAUCUUCUACAUCAAUGCGCUCGGACUCGGCUUUGCUGCUCUCAUGAUGAACGAGUUUUCUCGGCUGGAUCUGACUUGUGCUGGCAACUCGCUGAUUCCGUAUGGACCCAACUACAACGAUAUCAAUGCUCAGGUUUGUACGCUACCUGGUAGCAAGGCCGGUAACCCAAUCGUAUCUGGUACCGACUAUAUUGAGACCUCAUUCUCCUGGCACCCCAAGGACCUCUGGAUGUACUACGGCAUCAUGAUUGCUCUUAUUGUGGGCUUCCUACUCGCCAACGCUUUCCUCGGAGAGUUUGUCAAGUGGGGUGCUGGUGGUCGUACAGUCACGUUCUUCGUCAAGGAGACCAGCGAACUCAAGGAACUCAAUGCCAAGCUACAGGAGAAGCGUGAUAAGCGCAAUCGCAAAGAGGACUCCAGUGACCAGGGCUCAGACCUGAAAAUCGCGUCCGAGGCUGUUCUCACAUGGGAGGAUCUUUGCUAUGACGUCCCUGUUCCAAGCGGACAGCUCCGUCUGCUCAACAACAUCUACGGUUAUGUCAAGCCCGGACAACUCACGGCGCUCAUGGGUGCCUCGGGCGCCGGAAAGACCACACUGCUUGAUGUGCUUGCCAACCGCAAGAACAUCGGUGUUAUUUCUGGUGACAAGCUUGUUGAUGGAAAGGCCCCCGGUAUCGCCUUCCAACGUGGAACUGCCUAUGCCGAACAGCUCGACGUUCACGAACCUGCUACGACCGUCCGUGAAGCCCUCCGUUUCUCUGCCGAUUUGCGCCAACCCUUCGAGACGCCUCAGGCUGAAAAGUAUGCGUACGUUGAAGAAGUCAUCGCUCUAUUGGAGAUGGAGGACAUUGCCGAUGCCAUCAUUGGAGAUCCCGAGAGUGGUCUAGCUGUCGAACAACGCAAACGUGUGACAAUUGGUGUUGAGCUCGCUGCCAAGCCCGAGUUGCUUCUCUUCCUGGACGAACCGACUUCUGGUCUCGAUUCCCAGAGUGCUUUUAACAUUGUCCGUUUCCUCCGCAAGCUGGCCGCCGCUGGUCAGGCUAUCCUGUGCACGAUUCACCAGCCGAACUCUGCGCUUUUCGAGAACUUCGAUCGACUCUUGCUCCUCCAGCGUGGCGGUCAGUGUGUUUACUUCGGUGACAUUGGCAAAGACGCCCAUGUCCUCAUUGACUACUUCCAUCGCCACGGUGCCGACUGUCCACCAUCUGCAAACCCCGCCGAGUGGAUGCUGGAUGCUGUUGGUGCAGGUUCUGCUCCUCGUAUUGGUGACCGCGACUGGGCCGAUAUCUGGGCUGACUCUGAGGAGUUCGCUGAGGUCAAGCGCUACAUCACCCAGGUCAAGGAAGAGCGCAUCUCCGCAGUCGGUGCUGCUGAACCAGUUGAACAGAAGGAAUACGCAACGCCCAUGUCGUACCAGAUCAAGCAGGUCGUCAGACGUCAGAACUUGUCCUUCUGGCGUACUCCCAACUACGGCUUCACUCGUCUGUUCAAUCACGUCAUCAUCGCUCUGCUCACUGGUCUCAUGUACCUCCAACUUAACGACUCUCGGUCUUCCCUUCAGUACCGUGUUUUCAUCAUCUUCCAGGUCACCGUCCUCCCAGCCCUUAUUCUCGCCCAAGUCGAACCAAAGUACGCGGUCCAGCGUAUGAUCUCUUUCCGCGAGCAGAUGUCGAAAGCGUACAAGACAUUCCCCUUUGCCUUGUCAAUGGUUCUCGCAGAGAUGCCUUACAGCGUCCUCUGUGCCGUGUUUUUCUUCAUCCCGCUGUACUACAUCCCCGGUCUAAACUCUGACAGCUCGCGUGCUGGAUACCAGUUCUUCAUCAUCCUGAUUACUGAGAUCUUUUCUGUUACUCUGGGACAGGCUAUUGCUGCUUUGACACCUACGCCAUUUAUCGCCUCUUACUGCAACCCCUUCGUCAUUAUCAUCUUCGCCCUAUUCUGUGGUGUCACCAUUCCCAAGCCCUCGAUCCCCAAGUUCUGGCGAGUAUGGCUCUACGAGCUUAACCCCUUCACGCGCCUGAUCGGAGGUAUGAUCGUCACUGAGCUUCAUGACCUCAAGGUCACAUGCACAUCGGCCGAGUAUAACCGCUUCAACGCUCCUUCAGGACAGGACUGCGGUACAUACAUGAGCGACUUCUUCUCGAGUGGUGGGCCCGGCUACAUCCUCAACAAUGCAACUAGUGCGUGCGAGUACUGCGCCUACAAGGUUGGCGAUGAGUUCUACCAACCUCUCGGCUAUGAGUUCAGCAACCGAUGGAGAGAUUUGGGCAUCUUUGCCGCCUUCAUCGCUAGUAACUUGGUCAUUCUUUUCGUCGCUGCAAAGUACCUCAACUUCAACAAGAGAUGA